AAGAGGGGGAGGAGGGGACUUUGGGAAAGAAUGUAUGGUAUUUAUUUCCUGUUCUGUAGCUUGAAGAGAGAGAGAAAGUGACAGAGAGACAGAGACAGUGCUGGAAUGGAGAUAUCUGAGCUGUUUGCCACUGAAAGGCAGAAAGAGGAAGAAAAAUAAACUAUGAACAAAUGAAGAAGGAGCAACCUCUCCUCUUUUUCUGGCUGGAUUAUUCUUUCCAUUCCUCAGGACCACCAGAGCAGGGAGGUCCAGUAUGGCUGAACCUCUGCUGAAGAGAACCAUUUCCCGGCUGCGAGGCAAAGACCGGAGCCGGCGGAAAACUGAUCCCAAAUUGAGUGUUGAAGAACCAAAACCCAAAGCCCAUGAUGCCCAUGUGGAUGGUUUGAAAUACAUCCCAGGAAAGGCCAGCACUAGGAAUGAUACAUUUUUAUCAUCACCAUCAACAGCAGCAGAUGUCAAAUCCCCGUCACCUACCUGCAAUCCUAUCACAGUUUCUAAAAAACAGAAAUGGGCACAACAGGGGUCUGCUACUCCAUCUACUUCAUCUGUAGCAGGGUCUACCCCCAGACCCUUCAACUGGAACCAUUCCCAAGGGAAAUCCCAUGUUUCCAUUGAACACAGCUGGAAUCAAAAGCCAACACAAGACCAGGUGAUACACCAUGGAGAUAGGACGUGUGUUGGCAUGGCAUGUGACCUUACCGAUGCCCCAUGUUUUCCAGUCAGCUCUACAACUGGACUGAAGGAAACCUUUCUGACAGGAGGGGGCUCCACCAGUGUGCCCUUCUCCUCUAUCAGCACCAAGUUGUACUUGCAGAGCCUAGAUCGCAGCAGUCGAGCCUGGGUCCUGUCAUCAGGAAAGCCCCAAUCUUCAGAUGAAGUGUGUGAGCCACAAGAACAGAGUGCCAGCAACAUCUGGUACAACCCAAUCCCGGAGGAUGAAGACAGAGGAAGGAUGAGAGACAGCAGGGAUGAGGGAGGACUGUGGCCAGAGUCAACAAACGUUAAUAUCAGUGACUAUCAACUGGACUGUACAAAUGUAGCUACUGGCCUACACACUCAUGACACCAAAUCUAAGAACACAGAUGUGCCUCCAUCAGACUGUAGUCCUUCCACCCAAAAGAAAGAAGGCCUGUCCAGCAGUGUAAUUGAUAGGAUAAAGUCUCCAGGAACAGUAAGAAAACUUUCAAUGAAGAUGAAGAAAAUUCCUGAGCUGCGGCGUAAACUCAGCCUCCGCUCUAAUGCCCAUCCUCUUCACCCUGACAAAGACCAGCAAAGAGGAGCUGGUGAGACAACCAAAACCAGUACGAUGUCAAACCAAAAUAUUGUCAGCAGAUAUCACUUGGACAGUUCGACUCCUCCAAUCAAACCACAGCGACGAUCCUCCAGAAAGGGAUCUGCAACUAAAGGAGGUUAUCUUAGCGAUGGUGACUCGCCAGAGCUGCUACCACGACAAGAGGCUUCGCUUACAAAAGCCUGUGAUACAUCGUGUGACAUCAGUUCAUUUCGACUGUAUGUGGAUUCUGACCUGCCACGAUGUAACCAGAGGGUGACGGGUUUGCUGACAGUCCACCUGCUGGGACUGGAGGAGAUGAAAACCAGCAGGUCAGAGGGCAAUAAGGAGGUCUUCCUGGUUGUCCAGAUUGAUGGCGUGACUCAAGCAAGGACUGCCGUCCUAACCCUGCAGGGCUCCACUCUCUCAUUAAACCACACUUUCCACUUGGAGUUGGAGAGAGCCAAACAACUACGCAUAGUCGUGCUAACACCAGGAUCCAACCAACAGGCAGCGGGUGAAGUUAAAACAGGCAUUCAGACUUCAAGCAGUCCAACCAGGAACCGAGUGUGCUGUCUGGGUGGAGUCUCUAUCCCGCCACUCUUUAAAGGGAGUCGAAGUCAGCAACUCUGUGUCAAGCUGGAGCCCAGAGGACUGCUUUAUGUCAAAUUGACAAUACAGGAGCAAUGGGACACGCAGCCCACCACAGACACAUUAGUGCCUCCCAAUGUGUUCGGAGUGGAACUGCGCCACCUGGUGGAGAAAGAAGGAUCUGCAACUCCAGUCCCUUUACUAAUUCAGAAAAGUGUGGCAGAAAUUGAACGACGAGGACUGAGGGUGGUGGGUCUGUACAGACUGUGUGGGUCAGCGGCGGUCAAGAAGGAGCUCAGGGACUGGUUUGAGAGGAACAGUUCAGACGUGUGCCUCAGCGAGGACCUCUAUCCUGACAUCAAUGUCAUUACAGGUAUACUCAAGGAUUACCUGCGGGAGCUACCAUCUCCACUCAUCACCAGGACUCUCUAUCAGGUCGUCACUGAAGCUAUGACCUUACGACCCCUACCGGUCCGGCCCGUGACUCCUCAGACUCAUGUGUCCCAGAGUGUUGUGGAGUUGCUGGCCUGCCUGCCACCACCAGAGAGAGCCACCCUGUCUCUCUUACUUGAUCAUCUCAGUCUGGUGGCAUCCUUCAGUUCUUCCAACCGAAUGACGCACCAGAAUCUUGCCGUCUGCUUUGGUCCGGUUCUCCUCACUCCGACACAGGAUGCUUGGAGAGGAGGAGGAGGAGGAACAGGAAGCAGAAGACGAGGACAGGACGGAGGGAGGGGUUUCUAUCAUGGUGAGGAGGUUGCCAAUGCUGUGGAUUUUAAACGACACAUUGAGGCGCUGCACUAUCUGCUGCAGCUGUGGCCAGUGCCAACACGUCAGGUUCCAACAAGGGAACAAACGUCCACACUCACCUACGACUGCUCGGGUAACAAAGAACCCGGUUCUGUGACCCAGAAUCCAGAUAAGGAGGUGGUGGUAUCACGUCGUGGGCGUGGUGGCCUGGCUCGCAUAGAGAGCCCGCAGCCAGUCAAUCGCUACGCUGGAGACUGGAGCAUCUGUGGAAAAGACCUUCUUUCUGGGCAGGAAGCAGAUUAUGAUGAGGUGGCAGGAAGUGAGAAUGAAGGAGGCAGCAGUGAUGAGGAGCAAAAGAAGGAGGUGUGGUCGCCCAUUGAAGGAGGAGGCUUGUAUGUGGAUGACUUCUUGGAUUUUGAUGCUCCUUUUAACUGCAGACUGAGCCUGAAAGACUUUGAUCUGCUCAUCCAUGACCUGGACCGAGAACUGUCCAAACCCAUCAACAUCUGUCUGUAGAGGAAGAGGAGCAGGAGGAGCUUUUUUCAGAUUCAUCUUCAACAUCAUCUUCAUCAUCAUCAUCAUCGUGCACGUUUGCCGUAUUUACACCCUCAAAACUAGCAUGAAGCAAACAAAGUACAGUUUGUCUGCACAUUACCUGCAGCAUUAGAGUUUGUCCUGAGGAUGGCGCUAGAUGCACGGUCAUUUAAAAAUGACAUCCUUCAUUCAUUCAUUCAUUCAUUCAUUUUGUUGAAUUGAAUUGUUUUGGUUCCAGUUGCAGGGUUUAUUUAUUUAUUUAUUGCAUAUUACUUACCCCAUCUGUCGUGUUAAAAAAUAAAAUAAGAUGAUAAAACGUGCGACGAAUCAAAGCUCAACAGACAUGGAAGGUUUACUCUGCUGUCAGGCUGCACAGCGCCCUCUCCUGGUCAGCUUUCGUGUGUCUUGCAGCGCGCCCUCUACUGGUUAGCUGACAGUAUUUUCAUGGUACCGAUGUUCAAAGUGUGACAUCUUUGUGAACAACACUUUUUGUUUUUGUUAUUGUAACAGUAUUAUUUUAUUUUGCACAACUUUAAUAAGCACUUCUGAUUUUUUUGUAUGAAAAUUGUAACCAAUUGUUCUGAAGCACAGCUCCUAUUUUUAUGUCUUAUUUAGCCAAACCAGUAAAUAAAACACAUUUGCUUUUUCUACAA